CAGCGAUCUCAGAAGCUGAAUGUUGCUGCAGAGCCACGUGAUUGAAACGCAUGGGGGCGAUUUCAAGCCUAUUUCAGCGGCUCAUCUGCAUCUGAAUGUCACAGGCAGUCAGAAGAUGCCACAUUUCCCUCCCCAUGCCCACACUCUGUGCUCUCAGUAUUAACUUUACUUCUACUUGAGGUCCUCCUGAGGACCAGCAGAUAUGGACAGAAAAAAUGUUCUGUGGAUCCUGAUGCUCCUUCCUUUGGUGGCCCUGGGUGAGGCAGAGAUAUCAGACCCUCUGACAGAUUUGGAAAACAUUGCUGGGAAGCUGGUUUUCUAUCAGAUGGAGGGAAAUGCCACCUAUGUGAGGGACACUGGGGAACUGGCUUCAGAUAUUCCCACUGAGACCAUGUUCGAACUGUUCAAUCCCCCGAAGAAUUUCAGCUUGGCAAAGUUCACCUACACCUGGGACUUAGGGAACGGAGAGGUGAUCCAGGGCACUGAGCCGGUCAUCCGCUAUAAUUACUCUGAAUCUGGGAACUACACACUGCGGCUGAAAGUGGGAGGGAAGGUGACCACAUUGUCACCUCUAUUAACAGACGUCUACUCCACGGAUGUCCAAGUGCUCGAUGCCAUCAAAAACAUCGAGAUGAAGGGGCCAGCAGAUUACGAAGUGUCGCAGAACACCAGUUUGGCUUUUCAUGUUGAUGGAAGUCCUCCUAUAUGGGUGUGCUGGCGUUUCCUGCCCAACUGUGUGCCAGACCUGACGGGCGGCUGCACGCUGACCAUGCUGUAUGAAAACACGCUGCGCCUGAACCACACCUUCACCUCCACAGGUGUCCACUGCCUGGACAUCAGCGUCCGCAAUGAAAUCAGCAAGCUGCAGACCUCCUUCAGCAUUUAUGUCAAGAGAAGCAAUAACGCCCACAUGUUCUUCAUCCUGUCAUGCGCUGCCAUUCUCAUCGCUACCUUCUCCUUCAUCGCAGUCAUCGCCUGCCGCCCUCGCCAUCAAAACAGAACUCAGAUUGCCACUUCCAGUAAUGCUGUGUUUCUGAAGAACAACGACUCUGAAGGUCAAAGCAGGAUCCUCUUUAACUUCCACGACGCCCAGAGGGGAGAGAAGGAGCCGCUCCUCCUGCAGUUUGGAGCUCCGUACUCUUCUUAACCAUCAUAUCUGUACGCCAACAUGCUGCGGAUAUAUGCACAUGUAGGUAUUUGGCAGCAAUCAUGGCGUUACGUAACAAUUCUCAUCUCCUGUUUAUAGCUACACUUUUUCUGUUGCAUACACUUUAUGUACUCAGGACUAGUGUCUAUCUAUGCUUUAGUCACCUUAGUGAGGAAGCCUGUUGUUCACAUGGCUUCUGUAUUUUCUAAAAACUAAAUGGUGAUCAAUUAAUGAGUCACAGAGCUUGGGCUGACAUUCAAAUGUACUCAUAAUAAAUUAAUAGCACAAUUGCAGGUCAUGUUUAAGCAAUGAGUGUUGAUUUAAGCGUGCUGAGAAUGCAUCAUCCAUCCAUAUUUUAUUUAUA